UUCCUGUUAAGUUUUACCAAUGCUGCUGAACAAAGCACACGGCAAUGCCAUGCUCCCAUCUUACAAUGGUAGCCGAAGUCCAUCAGAAUCUGCAAUUGUGUAUAGGUGCGACGUUGAUUACAGAUUAGAAGGAAAUGAUACAAUUGUGUGCUUAGGCAAUGACUCUUGGAGUCACAAGGCACUUCCUUACUGUUCUGAUCUAUCUUGGAUUGGUUUCAAACGUGCAAUUAUAGCACUCAGCACAGCUAUUUUUGUAUUGUGCAUCAUCAUUGGAAUCUUACUAGAAUACACACACUGUAAAAAAGGAAAGGGACAAGGAGUGUCAAGAUCAAACACUGAUAGUUCAUUCGAAAGCAGAGAAAUUGACAAACCCUUGUUAGCAGCUGAAGACCAAUGUAUAAAUAAUGAAGAUGAAACAUUGAAAAUGAGUGCACUCAAUGACGAGUCACGUGAGCAGAAUGAAGCAAAUAAGACUCCUGUUGUCCCCACAGUACCUGCUGCUCCUUCUGCCCCACCUUUAGAUGAACAGAAAGACGGUAAACAACCAAACACGAGCAAAUACCAAGAAACAAGAGGAGACAAAAAUACAACUAUCAAGGUGGCGAUAUAUAACAUGAACGCAUCAAGCUUACAUGAUGGAAACAGGCAAUCUGACGACAAUGGAAAUGCAAACGGUCCAUAUGAUAAUAUUCCUAGAAAAAAUGAUGCUGAAGGCAUUGACGAGAAAAGGGUACAGAAGAAUCUGUUGACAGUACUGCUGCAGAAAGAGGGACUAGGUGUAACAUUCAUAAUGAUAUUGAUAUGACUGAGGAAAACGCUCUUAGACAGAAAGGAAAGGGAACAAAACCAUUGCCAGGUCGUACCACUGAGAAGAUAUCGGUCGGUCAAGGGCCAAAAGUUAUUCCAGCAAAAGGAGAAAGUAUAACAACACCAACGAAGGAGACUGAACAAGAUGAUGUAUCCGAAAAUAUAGGAAUAAGUGGUGCCACAUUCCAAAACUCUGAUAUUAAAGGAAAAGGAAUGCAAACUGAAAUAACAAACAAGGGCGGUAUUGAGUCGGCAGUAAAAGAAUCGGGACUGGAUAUUUCGUCAGCCAAAAAUGGGUUUGAUAAACGCACUUUCCCUGCAUCUGACAUUAAAAUGAAUGAGCUUACAGAAGUCGAUAGGGUUACAACAUAACAAGAUGUCCAUCAGAGUAUGAAAAGAAGUCUAUAAAAAUAAAAAUUGUAAUAAUUUAAUUGCACUUUGAAAUUUUAAUUAAUGAUACGUACAUAUUCAAACUAAGUCAAAGAACUUGUGUCAUGUUAAUUCUAUCAAAAUUUAAAUUGUUGAUUUCUAAAUGAGUUU